AUGGCAAGAUACACAAGCAUUAAACACAAGGAAAAAUAUUACCAAAUUAACUGUACAAAUGAGGAAAAAGGACACAAGUUAAAUGAAACUAACUGCAAACUUGAGAACCAAUCAGAGAUCAAUUUCAAAAUCCACCCAAUGGAUGUUCAGAUGGCCAUUUUUCAUUGUGCUGAUAGUUUCCUGAAGCAGCUGAUGGUGACUAAACUCUCACAAUGUCAGUAUGCUCUCCCCCUGCUUGUUCCUGAUCCAUUCACACAACAGCUUGAGUUUCCUCUCUGGACUUUUAGACAAAUCAAUAAAAGCUGGAGUAUAAAAAAUUCCAAGAAUGAAAUUAUCACUAAAACCCAGCCAGUCUGCAAGGCAGCUACCCCAAUGGUGGCUUUCUUCAGAUUUGGCCAAGUCUCCUCAUCAAAGUCUCAGCUGAUGAGCAGCCUGAUCAAUGAGAAACACAACACAUUCUUUCACAGGAACUGCAAAGGCAGCAGCAGCACCAGAGUACUGAUGGACGGAGUUGUGGAGAUUUCCUGGUACUGCCCCUCUGGUAAACACACUGAUACAUUUACUGACUGUGUUGCAUUCUGCAAUCUUCACGGUGAUGCAGGAGCCAAUGAGAAACAACUGAAUAUCUUGGCUGAAAUGGCUUCUGUGAGUGUUGUUCUUUUGCCACAGCUUGAUAGAAAUGACAAAAAUGCAACAAAAAUACAAAAGAUCUACAAGGACUCAACAACAGUAAUUUGCCUCCUUGAUGAAAAUAAUUCAGCCCUUACUGAAAUGCGAAAAGGAAAAUAUAAAAUUGGCUUGAAAGACAGAAAUCAGUCAGAAGUAAUCGAGGAACUUGUAAGAGCUAUAAAUUAUGGCCUUUCAUUCUCAUCUACUGGAUCAUGUAGUGUUUUCAGACUUGAAGAUGUGGCCAGAUUCUCAGAUAUUAGAGUAGAUGAGCUUGAUCUUGAUGACUGCAGGAUGGGAAAAGAAAAAGCACAGCAGAUGAUGAGCUUACUGGAGAAGACAGAUCUAACGCAAAGCAAAGAACUACUUUUGCCCUGUCAGGGAAAACUGUGGCAUCAGUGGUGUCAGAAGAAUAAAGAGCUACAUCAACCUCAAGGGGAUAAAACAGAAAUAGACAUAAGCAGAAAAAAAACAGACCUAAAGAAAAUUCGUGAACAGCAGCACGCAUCAGUUAGCAGUGAGUUUAUUCAAUUGUUUCUGAAAGAAAUUAACUCACUUAAUCCAGAUGAAAAGAUGUUUUUUCUUAAAUGGCUUGGAAUUCUCCUAGAUGAACGCACCUCAGAAGAUCUUUCUGCUCUGCAUCUCAAGUACAAUAUAAAGUGUUCAGAGGUCUUAAAACUAAAGAAGAACCAUGGUAAACCUGAACAGCUGGUAGCUGUGCAAACAGAACUAAAGACAAUAUCUGAAGAUUUACAUUCUGCAAACUUUGGCUUGGUGCACAUCCUACGAGAGAUUGGUCAAAUCUAUGAAUCAUGUUCAUCUGUAAAGAAGGACAAGGAUGGCCUGCAGUGUCACUUUUCUUCUCUCCCCGGUCUUGCAGCAGAGAUGAUGAUCUCAGGAUUUCCACUGGAGCUGAUGGAUGGAGACGCCUCUCAUGUACCUCUGAUAUGGGUUACUGCUGUUUUUGAUGAACUUGUCAAAAAACUGGGAAACCUGAGAGUCUUUGUGCUGUCAGUUUUGGGAAUUCAGAGCACUGGGAAGUCCACAUUGCUGAAUACCAUGUUUGGACUCCAGUUUGCAGUCAGUGCUGGCAGGUGCACCAGAGGAGCUUUCAUGCAGCUGGUCAAAGUCUCAGAUGAGAUGAAAACACAGCUUAAGUUUGACUAUAUUCUGAUUGUUGAUACUGAGGGUCUUUGUUCGCCAGAAUUGUCUGGAAGGAAAACAAGAGAUCAUGACAAUGAACUGGCCACAUUUGUUGCAGGUCUUGGAAAUCUGACAUUGAUCAAUAUUUUUGGAGAAAGCUUAGCUGAGAUGCAAAACAUUCUUCAGAUUGUUGUUCACGCCAUCUUGAGGAUGAAGCAGGUUAAACUGAAUCCCAGCUGCAUAUUUGUGCAUCAGAAUGUUUCAGACAUCACAGCUAAAGAGAAAAAUAUGGAAGGAAAAAGAAAGCUACUAGAGGAACUAGAUGAGAUGACAGAACUUGCUGCAAAAGAUGAUGUCUGUGAUGUUCAGUGCUUCAAAGAUGUCAUUAAAUUUGAUCCUCUGGAUGAUGUGAGGUAUUGUGCACAACUGUGGGAAGGGAACCCACCCAUGGCACCUCCAAACCCAAACUACAGUGAAAAUGUUCAAGACCUAAAGGAAACAAUAUUUUAUCAUGCCUCACAAUCUGAUGUGGAAAGCUUUUGA